AGGAAACAGACCUAAUCUUGACUUUUAAUAUAUCAAUGCACCGAUCUUGGUGGAUGGAGAAUGGACCAGGAUGUAUGGUGACGUCAGUGACACCCGCCCCUGACUGGGCCCCAGAAGACCAUCGCUACAUCACGGUCUCAGGUUGUUUUCUGGAGUACCAGUACAUAGAAGUGGCUCAUAGUUCCCUCCAGAUUAUUCUCGCACUGGCAGGGUUCAUCUACGCCUGUUAUGUUGUGAAAUGUAUAACUGAAGAAGAGGACAGCUUUGAUUUCAUAGGUGGCUUUGACUCUUAUGGCUAUCAGGGCCCUCAGAAGACAUCUCAUUUACAACUUCAGCCUAUGUACAUGCAAAUUCCCUUGGAUAACAACUGAUAACAAAUUCUAUAUAUCAGCAUCAAGUGAUAUGCUGAAUUGCAAGCGAAGAUCAAAAUAGAAAGUCAAAAUAAUACAGAUGGCUUCAUUAUGUCAGCUCCUGGACUUUUCAAAGAACUUGUUUCCUACAAUGGCCUCCUGCAUUUUGUGAAGUAUAAAAGCAACUGAGUUGGAAUACAUAUAUAUAUUUGAACAAAACAAGCCUA